UUUUUCUUUCAAUCUGCUUCAGUACUCACUCCCAAAGCUCAACAGAAUAAAAGAAAGGUAAAAAAAAAAAAGCAAAGAAAUUAAAGACAUGGCAAUCAAAGAGUUGUAGCCGCCCCAGCACGCCAAAAAAUUAUUUUUGUGACACCCAAUUACUAUAUAUAUCUUGAAAAACUUCCCUCAAUUUCCAGUCCAAACCCUACAAAUUGUCUGUUUCUUUUUACUGAGCCAAGGCACAAAGAAUGGCCUUGAUGUCUCAGGCAGGUUCUUCACAUUGCAUUUACUCUGAAAAGAUGAAAUGUAUAAGUGGACACAGCAGCAUCACGAGCAAUAUGGAGAUGCUCAAAAUGAAGGACAUAUGCUUUGGCAAUAUUUCUUCACGGAAUUCCUCAAAACCAAUGCAAGGGAUUUACUUGGACCGCGUUGGGGUGGAACGUAGGCGAGGACGCUUGGCAAUUGUUGCUGCAAGUCCUCCAACAGAGGAUGCCGUUGUUGCAGCAGAGCCAUUAACAAAAGAAGACCUUGUAGCUUAUCUUGCUUCUGGAUGCAAAUCCAAAGAAAAAUGGAGGAUAGGCACUGAACAUGAAAAGUUUGGUUUCGAGUUUGGAACUCUGCGACCCAUGAAGUAUGAACAAAUAGCUGAAUUACUAAAUGGUAUUGCCGAGCGAUUUGAUUGGGAAAAAGUAAUGGAGGGUGACAACAUUAUUGGCUUGAAACAGGGAAAGCAAAGCAUAUCACUGGAACCUGGUGGUCAGUUUGAGCUUAGUGGUGCACCACUUGAAACACUGCAUCAAACUUGUGCAGAGGUUAAUUCACAUCUUUACCAGGGGAGAUACGAGAUUAUGAGAAAUUACAUGCCCAAAGUUGGCUCACUUGGGCUAGAUAUGAUGUUUAGAACAUGCACUGUUCAGGUAAAUCUGGACUUCAGUUCUGAAGCUGACAUGAUCAGAAAGUUUCGUGCUGGUCUUGCCUUGCAGCCUAUUGCUACAGCUCUCUUUGCUAAUUCACCUUUCACUGAAGGAAAACCUAAUGGUUAUCUCAGCAUGAGAAGCCACAUUUGGACCGAUACAGAUAAUAACCGUGCCGGGAUGCUUCCCUUCGUCUUUGAUGACUCUUUUGGGUUUGAGCAGUAUGUGGAUUAUGCACUUGACGUCCCUAUGUAUUUUGUCUAUCGGAAGAAGAAGUAUAUUGAUUGUGCUGGAAUGUCUUUCCGGGACUUCAUGAAUGGAAAACUUUCCCCUAUUCCCGGCGACUACCCUACUCUUAAUGAUUGGGAGAAUCACCUCACAACAAUAUUUCCUGAGGUGAGACUCAAAAGAUAUCUGGAAAUGCGAGGUGCCGAUGGAGGACCUUGGAGAAGGUUGUGUGCAUUGCCUGCAUUCUGGGUGGGUAUACUCUACGAUGAGGUGUCUUUGCAAACCGUUUUGGAUAUGACGUCUGAUUGGACUGCAGAAGAAAGAGAGAUGUUGAGGAAUAAGGUGCCAACCAGCGGUUUGAAGACACCAUUUCGAGAUGGAUUGCUUAAGCAUGUUGCUCAAGAUGUUGUCAAGUUGGCAAAGGAAGGCUUGGAGAGAAGAGGCUAUAAGGAAACAGGAUUUUUGAACGAAGUAACCGAGGUAGUCAGAACAGGUGUAACACCAGCUGAGAAGCUCCUGGAAUUGUACCAUGGGAAGUGGGGACGAAGCGUGGAUCCAGUCUUUGAGGAGCUUCUCUACUGAAGUUAUUUGAGAGUGCAUUUCAAUCCAGUCAUUUCCUAUGUUGUAAAUGAUUUCUCAAUUUCUUUUUGAGAGUUAUAUCUGCGAAUUUUGUCUAUGAUGAGACAAAUAAUCUAGCUAGAUUAAGAUCUGUUACAUGUAUCAUAUGGCAUGAAACGUCAUAUGUAGCUCUCACCUUGGAUCUUAUCAAUCUGCUUCCAAAUAGCAUUUUUAUACACUGGGACAUACGUUUUUCCCAGAAGAGUAACAUAGCCAUGCAAAAUGAAAUAAAUGAACUUUGGCUGA